AUGGAGGAGAACAUUAUAGCUAAAGUAACUCACUCAGUACUAGUAACGAUGGCAUUGCUUGGUAACAUCCUAGUCUGCCUUGUCAUUCUGAAAAGCAAGGCCUUUAGGUCGCCACUUUAUCAUCUUGUUGCGAACCUUGCCAUUGCUGAUUUGGUGAUUGUGAUCUCGUUUACGCCAAGGCAUAUCCUGGAAGGACUGUUCCAUCACCCUCAAGGAUUAGUGGGAACCAUUCUCUGUAAGACAAUCACUUCCGAUACAUUCGCCUGGGUUGGGGCAGUUGCGUCUUCAAUAACGUUGGUUGUAAUCGCUUGUGAACGCUUCGCAGCCAUAACUUCUCCUUUUAUCAACCGUUCAAAUUUCACCAUGAAGAAAAUGAAAAUCGUAAUUACUUGUUGCUGGAUAAUACCGGUCAUCUUUAACAUUCCGUUGUUUUGUGUGCGGAAGCUUAAUCGCCAGCGUGGAUUAUGUGAGAGUGACUGGCCCAGUGUUUCAUUUGCUCUUGGUUACAAUAUAGCUUGGUUGGUCAUUAUUGGCUUUUUACCAUUUUGUCUUAUGGCUUUCUUCUAUGGAAAGGUCGUGGCAAAUCUACGCAAUGAGGAUAUACCCAGACGACACACAUCGAUAUCCGUGUUGAAGGCCAGAAACAACGUAACAAAGAUGCUGAUGAUAGUUACAAUAGUAUAUGGUGUCUGCUAUAUCCCAAAUUUAAUUCUAUACGUAGCGUGGUAUGUUUGGGAAGCAGAUCUUAUGUAUACUAUAAACAAAGUUCUUCUCGUGCUAAUAUUAAUAAAUUCAUGUGUAAACCCGAUUAUAUACGCUGCGCAAAACCGUCAAUUUAGAAAAGAGAUGGCCGAUGUUUUGUGCAAAUGCUGUAAAGACCUUCGAAAUCAUAAGAUGGCACUGACACCCUUUAGAGAUUUCAAUCAAAGGAGGGAGACAGCCUGCAGGAACAGAUGUCUAUCGAAUGUCAUUAGGAGCAACAGAGUAGUAGAACUGUCAUUUUACAUUGAUAUGGCAAAGGGAUAUACCUGUGGUAGGCACGCAAAUGGCAAUAACGAAGAGGAAAAUAAUGAAAAGAAUAACUCCACGGUGUCUAAAUACAAGGACCAAUGA